AUGCUUCUUCAUGGAACGACUUUCUUUCGUAUGUGUAUAACAAUCAGAACUCAAGAAAACACUUCAACAACAAAUAAUCCAACUGCUGCUUCUACUGUUCAACCUAUUGUUGAUAUAUCUGCUAAUCCACCUGCUGAUCUUAUUGUUCAACCUAUUGUUGAUAUACGUGCUAAUUCACCUGUUCAUCCUACUGCUGAUAUACUUGUUCAUUUAUCUGUUGAUCGUACUGUUAAUAUAUGUGCUGAUCCACCUAUUGAACUUUCUGUUCUUCCAAUAUCCAAAUAA